AUGUUUUCUUUAUCUUUUCAAAUCGAUAUCAAGAGAAUUCUCUGCAAGAUGAACACAGGCUUUGGCAACAUAGUCGAAAGUUACAUAACCACGACAAAUCAAUCGGUACUAAAAGAAACCUCGAUGUUUCAGCCACCAAAAAGGACAAUAGAAGACAGUUUGAGAGAUUUAGAAUUCUUUGUGUCAGGGCUAUUUGAUAGUAGAGGUGCAUUUUUACCAGAUAGGCAUUCCAAUGCAGAACACUUAAUUGGUGAUUCGCAGUCGGGUAAAAACGGUGUCUCCCAAGCUGCAAUAAGGGAGAGAAAUGAGGUGGGACUAAACGAUAGAAGUCGUAAAUCCCCCUUUCUCAUCCCAUCUCACAUUGAUAUUCCUGUUAAAUCAAGAUAUUUUGUAAUAAAAUCGUUUUGUCUUGAACAUGUAACAGAGUCAUGUGCACAUGGCAUAUGGUCUUCAACAUAUUAUGGAAACAGGAGACUUUCAGAGGCUUACAGAAGCAGGGAUCCAAAUGCGAAAGUAUAUCUUUUCUUUUCAGUAAAUGGUUCCGGUAAAUUCUGUGGAGUAGCCGAGAUGGGAUCAGACUUGCAGGAUAAUUUAGAUACAAGCAUAUGGACAGAGCACAACGAUAAAUAUGGGAAGGCUUUCAGAGUCAAGUGGGUCAUUGUGAGGAAUAUUCAUAAUAGAUUGCUAAAGCAACAUUUAAUCCCUUCAAAUGAUAUGAAACCUGUCACCCACUCAAGAGACACCCAAGAAAUUCCUGAAAUGGUGGGUGUUUCAAUGUUGCACACCUUUCUGUACAAUAGAGCCGAUGUUGGAUCUUUCUUAGGAGAAGAAUGA